AUGGUUCAUCCUCAUACUAAAAGCCGAACUGUUCACUCGAAGAAGCAGCGGCAUCUCAUCUCACCCCCAGCAGACGAAGAAGCAAAGGCAUCUCAUCUGACCCCAGCAGGCGAAGAAGCAGAGGCAUCUCAUCUGACCCCAACAGACGAAGAAGCAGAGGCAUCUCAUCUCACCCCAGCAGACGAAGAAGCAGAGGCAUCUCAUCUCACCCCAGCAGACGAAGAAGCAGAGGCAUCUCAUCUGACCCCAGCAGGCGAAGAAGCAGAGGCAUCUCAUCUGACCCCAGCAGACGAAGAAGCAGAGGCAUCUCAUCUCAUCCCAGCAGACGAAGAAGCAGAAGCAUCUCAUCUGACCCCAACAGACGAAGAAGCAGAGGCAUCUCAUCUCACCCCAGCAGACGAAGAAGCAGAGGCAUCUCAUCUGACCCCAGCAGACGAAGAAGCAGAGGCAUCUCAUCUGACCCCAACAGACGAAGAAGCAGAGGCAUCUCAUCUCACCCCAGCAGACGAAGAAGCAGAGGCAUCUCAUCUCACCCCAGCAGACGAAGAAGCAGAGGCAUCUCAUCUGACCCCAACAGACGAAGAAGCAGAGGCAUCUCAUCUCACCCCAGCAGACGAAGAAGCAGAGGCAUCUCAUCUGACCCCAGCAGACGAAGAAGCAGAGGCAUCUCAUCUGACCCCAACAGACGAAGAAGCAGAGGCAUCUCAUCUCACCCCAGCAGACGAAGAAGCAGAGGCAUCUCAUCUCACCCCAGCAGACGAAGAAGCAGAGGCAUCUCAUCUCACCCCAACAGACGAAGAAGCAGAGGCAUCUCAUCUCACCCCAGCAGACGAAGAAGCAGAGGCAUCUCAUCUCACCCCAGCAGGCGAAGAAGCAGAGGCAUCUCAUCUGACCCCAGCAGGCGAAGAAGCAGAGGCACCUCAUCUCACCCCAGCAGACGAAGAUGCAGCAUCCCAAUAUUCCAUCUGA